AUCGUUUCGCACAUUGAUUUUACAGCUGGCAGGAUGAAGCGGUCGGCGGUGCUAGUGAUCGUUCUCGGCCAUGGGGGAGUGACGAGUGCCGCGAAAGGUCCACAUUACGAUGCCAAGAGCGGGAUCCCUGCGUGGGUCGACAUCGAUACACCCAAACAGUAUUACAAGGCGACGUCGUCUCGUGGAGAAACAUGGAAUCUCGUCAUGAGCGACGAAUUCAACCGACCUGGGCGCAACUUCACGGCAGGCGUGGAUCCCAUGUGGACAGCCAUUGAGAUGGCCGAUGGCGUGAACGCCGCCCUGGAAUACUACUCGGUGAACAUGACAGAGACGGUCAUGGAACCCGACGGCCGAGGCGUGUUUCGGAUUGUUACCAAGCACGACGACAUUUCGUUUCGCGUGUACAACCCGUACAAGACCCCGCCUGGAUUCCAGCAGAGCCGCAUGUACUAUCGCAGUGGCAUGUUGCAGUCGUGGAACAAGUUUUGCAUGCAAGGCGGGCUCAUCGAAGUGAUGUGCCAGCAGCCGGGAGUUACAGGAGCGAACAAUCCGGACGCCAGUAACCCACAAGCUCGCGUCACGGGAGGCAUCUACUACCCGACAUGGCCCGGCGUCUGGCUCCUUGGCAACCUUGGGCGCGCACUGUUCUUGUCAUCGACGACUCGCAUGUGGCCGUGGUCGUACGACGUGUGCGAUAAGAACUUGGAAAAAGACCAGCGGAUUUCAGCCUGCGACAGUAAUCCCGGCUUUGGGUUGAACCCAAACCAAGGACGGGGGGCGCCAGAGAUCGACAUCCUCGAAGGCGGCGGCGCAGCCAUUUCGUCGUCGGUGCAAAUUGCGCCCGGCAUGCCAGACGAGUACCGACCCGUGUUUCCAGCCGACGACAACAACGCUUAUUGUAUCUACAGCAACGAAUGCAAAACCAUCGGCGCCAACACCCCCGACGUUCCCUCGAGUAUGACGGUCACUCGAGGCCACCGGUCUUGGUACCAAGGCCUUCGGUACGCCGCCCAUGUCUGUGCCACCAGUGCCAAGGAUGUCCAAAGCGCUGUCGCCAUCAACGCAAGUUUGACAAGCGGAAUUACCGCGAAUGCGUGCUCGCUGUCGACAUGUCCAGCGUCGUUCGACGUGAAUGGCGAUCGCGGGCCGGUUGACGGCAAGGCUGGAACGGGACUGUACUGGGGCAUCAACACAAAAGGCCAAUGUUUUCCUGUCAUGAACGGCUACAACGGAGCAUACUUGUGUGACCCGUACACGACGAACGCCAAGUGCACUGCACCACUGCACUCGGACGGGAACAGCAACGGCAACAACAUUUCGCCCUUUUCGUACCAAAUGGAUGCAAUUUCGGCCAACUGGCCCGUCGAGUUUGCAGCGUAUUCGGGGUACCUCAAGUACCAGCUUGAGUGGGUGAUGGGGCGCCAGGGAUAUGUCCGUUGGAUGAUUGAUGGAGUCCCGUUGUUUGAGAUCCCGGCCGAAAGCCUCGAGAACCCGCCGCAGAAUGCUGCCAUGUCGAACCCGAAGAAGCUAAUGAUUGAAGAACCGCUCUACUUGAUCUUCAACACGGCGCUGUCGACGAGUUGGGGGACGCAGCCCCCGAACCCCGGCAAACCAUGCCGCGGUGACGGUCGCGAUGACAAAGUGAAUCGCGUGUGCGACGCGUUCCCGCUCUACCUCAAGAUCGACUACAUCCGCGUGUGGCAAAACACUUCGACUAUGUCGGUCGGAUGCGACCCAGCCAGCCACCCCACGCGCCUCUGGAUCGACGGCCAUAAGUCCGACUACGAAGACGUGGACAACCCGAACAUCGACGUCGAUGGGAACGCAUUUUGCACGGACAACGCCGACUGCACCCUCGCUGGUUCCAUCGUGACGGGCUCGUGCAGUGACACGAAGCGGUGCGUGUGCUCGGCCCCGGCGGUAUGGGGCGGGCCACGAUGCACGUCAAAUCGAGGAUCGGUCAGCGGGUCGGCAUCCACAGGAUCGAUGGGACCUCCCCUUGUCGCUGUCGUCAUCAUUUCAGUCCUGGCGACCGCUGGCGCAGCCUUGAUUGUAUACAUUCGCGGACGUGGCAAACGGCUGCAACUGCAGUUCCGAGGAAACUUGUAUGCGAACGCCGAGCCGAUGACGAUGCCGCAGGAAAUGAAUCUCCGAGGGACGGUCAUUAGUCGGCAAGGCAGCAUGGAAGAGAUGGCGGCGUCCAAGAGCGGCGGUGCUGCGUCCCGCACCGACACGAUUCGGUCGCGACGAGUCGUCUAGUCACGUUGACGUGCUGCGAUGGUCUUCACCUGUCCGUGUAUGGCUUUCAAUACACAGAAAAUACGACGGCUUUUCCUGAAUCCA